GAUUAACAUUUAUUGAAAAAGUAUUGAUUUCAGCAAACCAAAGUAAGUCACGCAACUACAGAGGACAAACAUACUUAGGUGGGCGUUGAAUAUUUUUUGUUGUUGAAAGUAUUGACCUUGGUCGAAUCAAUGUAGUCAGGGCUGGUCUCGGCUCGAAGGUGAUGAAGUUCAUCAGCAGUGGUGGAGAAAGUAUGCAAUUUUUAUACUUCAGUAAAAGUAAAGAUGCCUUGAUAGAAAAUUACUCAAAAGUGAAAGUCACCCAGUAAAAUACUACUUGAGUAAAAGACAAAAUAUUUGGUUUUAAAUAUAUUUAAGUAUCAAAAAUAAAUGUAAUAGCUAAAAUAUACUUAAGUAUUGAAAGGAAAAGUAAACAUAAAUCAUUUCUAAUUCCCUAUAUUAAAAAACGAUGGCACCAUUUUUUUUAUUUACGUAUAACUAUGGGCACACUCCAACACUGACUUAAUUUACAAACGAAGCAUGUGUUUAGUGAGUCCGCCAGAUCAGAGGCAAUAGGGAUGACCAGGGAUGUUCUCUUGAUAAUAAGUGCAUGAAUUUGACAAUUUUCCUGUCAUACUAGCCAUUCAAAAUGUAACGAGUACUGAGUACUUUCGACUGUCACGGAAAAUCUAUGGAGUAGAAAGUACAUUAUUUUCUUUAGGAAUGUAGUAAAGUAAAAGUUGUCAAAAAAUAUAAAUAGUAAAGUACAGAUACCCCCAAAAAACGACUUAAGUAGUACUUUAAAGUAUAUUCACUUAAGUACUUUACACCACUGUUCAUCAGAAACAAACUUCACCGUGGAUUUUAGUCCCCUAGGAUAAAAAAAAAAGAUACACCAUGAGAACGUUCAUGUAAAACCGGGAGGUGUAUGUUAUUGGGUCUGAAUGUAAAAUGUUGCAACUGUGGUGGGCAUCAUAUUCCCGACUUCCCUGAGUGCCCUGUUAGGGUGAAAGGUUGAGGUGUCAAGGAUCAGGGCUGUCCAGCAGAUCUCCUAUGUGGAGCUGGGGAGAGAGUCUAAGGGGCAAGUGGCCACAGCGCUAAGAAAUGGCGGUGGAUGCACAACAGCCCGUUGUAAAUGUUCCUCAUCAGUCAAGAGAUCUGGAUACAGUCAUUGUGAAGGUGGAUUUUGUAACGCUUAUUGCCACAGUUAUUAAUUGUACUGUUCAAGUGUCCAAGAAAUCAUGUUGCUGAUAAGUAUUAGGGGCAUCAAUAUUUCAAGGUAGAAGCACGGCAAGGAUACUGUCGUUGGAAGAUGGCACGACCUUCGAGGCUCUUUUCUGAUUCCAAUGUUUGAUUUUAACAGAAAAGCAGGUUGAUUUUGAACAGUUGAAUUUUAUUUUUGAUCGUUUGACUUAUCCACCCAUACAGUAGGUGGCGACAUGCACAUAAGUGUUGCGGAAGCCAUUAAACCAGAAAAGAAUAAUUAAAAACCCUUUUUUCGCCAGUGUAAACGGAAGUUAACAUUGACCAAGAACAAUUUCUUACGGUAGCGUUUUUAUUGUUAUUUAGACGUUUAUAAACACCCUGGAACUCAAUAUGAAUCCUUUAACUGCUCAGCAUCACAUACUUACCCCCAGGUAGUCUUUAAUUCGCGUUGUAGACAGGACGAUUUAUGUUAUCUAGCUAGCUAGCUGCUAACGUUAGCUAACAAUGGCUAACUGUAUGAUUUUUCACACUCAAAUAGCCUCCAUCAUGGAGGUGCUAGCGAAUGCUGCCGUGGCAGAGAUCUGUAAACUCGUAGACGACGACUAUGCAGUGGUUCGUUUGGAAAUAACUCAAAGCCAGAAAGAAAACAGGGCAUUGCGGAGGAAAUUACAGCUACAGGAACUGAAGGUGGCACGGGAGCGCGCAGAGAGGACAGCGCGAGAGCGCGUCCUCGCCAGUCGUCCCAGUAGUGUCAAGAUCCUCGACCGAUACAGAGGCAUGGCAAGAGGUGAAGGACAUCUCGCUCGAGGCCACAGGAGCUUUGUGAAGCCAGCGGGACACAAUACAUUGAGAGAUGACCAACCAAUCACUGUUGAUGAGGGGAGUGGAACCUCAACCCAGCACGUUAUCAUGAUAGAGUCUGCAGAUCCUGGUGUCAAGCUGGAGAGGACUGAAGGAGAGGAGGUCCCACGGCACAGCAGAGUCAUCCAGUCUGGAGAAGCGGCUGGAGUGGCGUCCCCUGUAGCCACAGAGGACCUCACCGCACCCCAGCCCAGGACCCGACGCAGCAUCACGGAGGAGGAGGAGGGUCCAGAGGUGCUGCUGGUGAAGGAGGAGGGCUGUGAGGAGGGUCUGGGGAACACUAAGGGGACCAUGGUCAUAGAUGACAACCAGACUACACCUCCUCCUGAACCCACAGAGGAACCAGCUGAGCAGCACAGGACCACACACAGUCUCACUGAGUCAGUAGACAUGGAGGAUGGGAAGCCUGAUCUGCUGCUGGUCAAAGAGGAGACAAUAGAAGAUGGACCAGAGAGCAUUGACCUGCUGAGUGGACUAAAGAUGGGGGAGCAAGGUGGUUGGUUGGAGGCUAACAGAGGAGACUGGGCGUCCAUCUUGGAUUCCCAGACCCAGACGGGUGCAACCAAGGGACCAGGGGACAAUGUCACUGAGCAGGCCAGGACUAGAGACGACAUAGUGGAGGUCAGUGGAUGGGACAGUGUCCUCAACUAUGGGCUGGGGAACAACACUGUUAACCACAACCAGAAACAAACAGUCGAACACAAAACAACAACUGAACUUAGUCUCCAUGACAACAGACUGGCUGAGACCAGGGCGAGGCGUAGAUUUGGUCUGCGGGGACAGAGAGGUGUCCGUAUGAGAACAGACACAGACUCUGUUAGCGAUGCUCCGUCCUGCUCCUAUAGUUGUGAUUCAGAGAGACUGAUGGCGCCUCAGGUUAACCCCCUAACAGGUGCUGCCUUCAGCCUGCCUUCUAUAGGAUCUAUCAACUGGAAUAUGGACCCUGCCACAACACAGACACUCCCUGGCCUUCAUCCUCCUCACACUCUUCUGUUAAACCAGACCUCAGAUAAUGCCAGUGCCUCAACACUAAAUGGCUACACAAGCCCAUUGACAAAUGACAGUAGUAGUAACGCUAUCAGUAGAUCCGGUGGCAGAGAGAAGCGCUUCCCAUGUUCAUUCUGUGGGAAAUCCUUCAGUUUCCCCAAACAGAUGGAGAUCCACCAGAGGAUGCACACAGGGGAGAAACCAUUCGGUUGCCACCUGUGCCGGGCUAGUUUCUCCCAAUCAUCCAACCUGAAGAGGCACCAGAGGGUCCACACAGGGGAGAAACCCUACAGCUGUCCCCAGUGUGAGAAGAGGUUCUCACGCCAGCACGAUAUGAAGAUGCACCUGAAGGUCCACACUUGAGAGAGGCCGUUCACCUGUACACACUGCGGGGAAAGGUUCUCAGAGGAGCUACCUUAGGAUACACUAGCAGAAUUUGUACAUGGCCCACGAAUACUGUAUACCCACUGGGUACACCACAUCAUUUCAACAUGGAUAAUUGGGUAAUAUUUGGUAGAUACGUUGAUCAAUGAGAUUCCAACCUAUUUUCACCCACUCAAAAUGACUGCUAAAAGUUUGUUGAAUUCCCAAUGUUAUCACUAUGCUUUCAACCAUCUAAAAGUAAAACCAAAUUCUAUGUCAGAUUUUUGGUUUAGUUUUUAUCUAUGUGUUAUCACUGCAUUUUCAACCUUUUAAAAUCACACUAAAGUUAAAAUGGGAAUACAUUGUCAGAUAUUUUGUUUAUUUAUACAAUAACUUAAUGUGUAAUGAAUAUGAUUGAUCUAAUAGCACAACCAAAUGACCUGGAGUUUCCGACAACUUAAGGUGUUGCCCACCACAUUCAGCCAAGUGUGUGCAACAUCCUAAGGUGUCGGAAACUAGUGGUGGAAAAUGUUGUUUUAUUACGACAGUACACAUUUUUUUUUUUUAAUCCACCCCCGUUGCUGACCAUUUAAAGCUAGUUAAGGAGGAAAAUGAUGCCUUUGCAGCCUGAAUAGAGGAUGCUUUAUGUACAAGCUGGUCCACUGGGGAAUCUAGUGUAUUAUUGGGAAUGCACAUCAGUCCUAGACGAUAGUGCAGAUCUAGCGGCUGGCUGUCCUGUAGUGGUGCACUGUAGCGGUGCAAUUGCCCUCAUACUUGAGACACUGGCGAUCUCAUAAAACAACUAUCUUAACUUGAAAUUGGUGAUGACUAUUUGGAUAUCUCUCUUAGCAACCUAGAUGUUGUUUCAGCAAUAAGGCAUGAGAACCCGGGGGUUAUCGUGUGUUAACUCCCGACUAAGGGCUGUUCUUAUGCCCAAGAUGAAGCCAAGGGCCGGGAAUACAGCCCUUAGGAGGGAGUUGUCACACAAUAAUUCCCGGGUUCUCAUGCCUUAUUUAUUUUAUAAAACAUUUGCCAACAUAUGUAUAUAUUUUGUAAAUAGAUCUAAAUCAAAUAAGGUAUUUUAAGUAGUUUGAUUUAAUCUUAUUCUUAAACUUUUAUUUUUGGUUGAUGUGAAUCAACAUUUAUUAUUAAUUUAUAGAUUCCAUUUGAAACCAACCGAAGUUUGAAAACUCGAGGCCUAUAUGUAUUGUCUAUUUCUAGUUUAAAACUGGGCUGAAUUGAAACAAUAGCCGUUGAUGACUUUCCAAAUGCUAUAUUAGAGGCCUACAGUAAAUAGCAUCAUUGAUGAUAUGAUUGAUGAACUAUGGUUACAUUUCAUUUGCUCUGUGUAACCUGUCCUUUAGAAUGACUUCCAUAGCAACAGUGAAUCUAUCAAGUGGACAUUUCUCAACAAUCAUUCUAACGAUAGCACAUUGGUAACAGUCAAUGACGAAUAUCAAAGCUAAGCAGGGCUUGUAGAUAGAUCAACUCUCUAGCCUAUUGUUUUUUUUUUCUUAAAGUGGAUAUUACUUUGAAGAUGAAGUUGUUUCAAAGGUAAAAAUAAAAAAGAUUAUUCGUUUGACUUUUUUCAAAUGCAAAGUAUUUGCCACAGAUUCCACGUCACAAUACGUUGACAAAUGACGUUGAAACAACGUUGAUUUAACCUGUUUGUGCCCAGUGGGUAGUGAGGUGUAAUAUAGUACUAGUUAGUUUGUAGUUAAUUCUGUUGGUUUGGGAUGUAGGAGGGAACUGGAUGAGGUGAACUGAGGAAAGAAUGAGUAUGAUGAGACAGUAGAUGAUGUGGUGAUGGUUGGUGUGAUGGUGUCUGUAAAAAUGCUUCACUGAUGAAGAGUGAAACUGGGCCUUUAGGUUGAUACUGAUGUUUUAUAGUGAGGAAAUGAUAGUGCCUUAAUUCAUGUUUACUUGACAUGAAGCUGUGUAAUGUAAUAUUGAACCUUUAACUAAGUAUUGUAAAAUUAAUUUGAUCAAAAUUUUGAUUUAAUCUUAUUCUUAAACUUUUAUUUUUGGUUGAUGUGAAUCAACAUUUAUUAUUAUGAUAGUACCAGAUUUACAGAAAAGGUCAAGUGUUACCAUAGUGAGAAGUUAUUCUACUUGUCAUGUAUCGUUUUGAACAAUAAAAAUGAUUCUAAUGCCAUUUUGUUUAAAUUAAAUACUAACUUGGUUAUUUUGUAUCAUUGCA